CCACAACGACACUACGCCUUCCGCGAGCCGAUACGUGAACUACAUACAGCUCCUAGUCCAUCCAUCCAUACACUUUCCACCUCACCUCACCCUCACCCUCACCAGCUUCGAAACGAUGCCUCCAGUGGCUGUUGCCAAAGUGAACGGUACGAUUGUUGCGGAGUCGAACCUAUAUGAAAAGGUGGAGGACAAUGUCUACUUCCCUCCGGCCGCGGUGAACUACCAAUACCUUAAGCCCUCCACCACGAAAUCAUACUGUCCAUGGAAGGGGGAAUGCUCGUACUACAAUAUUGAGGUGGGUGAGACGGUGAUACCGGACGGCGCCUGGUACUACCCAGAUCCAAAAGACAAAUUCCUGGACUGCAAGGAUUUCGUGGCCUUCUAUAAGAAUAAACCCGACUUGAGCAUCGGAACUAUCAUGGAGUAGCAAGC